AAUUACGAACCCAAUGUUGAUAUUCAUUGGCGGACGCGUGCAGUGUUCAUUCAUAAAAAUCGUCAUAUUUCCUCUUCCAUUUACCCCUUUUCCGACAUUCUCUAUGUCCACUUUGUCAUUUGUGUUUGUGCACGUACGCGUUCGGUUACAUGGCCACUUCAUGCACAUCGUGAGUUUGGACCAAAAUGCGCCAUUGGUAUUGCACUUGAAAUAUGGCGUCACCUGCUCUAGUAGGUAAACUAGUGUGGAGUUGUAAGGUGUGGAUCACAUCUAUCAUCCUUCUCUUCUAUCCAACCUCAAUACAAUGUCAAACGGAUGGAAGCAUACGCCUUGUCAAUGGCCCCGAUACACACCAAGGUCGGGUUGAGAUCUACCACGAUGGCCAGUGGGGGACAGUCUGCGAUGACAGUUGGGAUGUCAAUGAUGCGAGGGUAGUUUGUCGACAGCUUGGAUAUUCGGGCAAUGUUGGAUUGGCCUGGUCUAAUGCUCACUACGGACAAGGAUAUGGUCCCAUAUACCUUGAUGACGUGGCCUGUUCAGGAUAUGAGUACAGCUUGGUGGACUGCAGUAGUAGCAAUUGGGGUAACCAUAACUGUGGACAUCAUGAAGAUGCUGGAGUUGACUGCAGUGAAGAGGGUGGCUCAGAUGGAGACGUCCGUCUUGUUAACGGUAACACCGACUACGAAGGUAGGGUGGAAUUCUACUUUAAUGGUCAGUGGGGUACAGUUUGUGAUGACUUUUGGGAUGAACUCGAUGCAAUGGUAGUCUGUCGACAGCUUGGAUACUCAGGAUCUGCUGUAGCCAGGACUAGUGCUUACUUCGGGGAAGGAACUGGACUAAUACAGCUUGAUGAUGUUAGCUGCGAUGGAUCAGAGUUUAGGCUGACUGACUGCAGUAAUGCUGGCUACGGCGUCAACAACUGUGGCCAUUCUGAAGAUGCUGGAGUUAAUUGCGAAGAUGUAAGAGACGGAGAUGUCCGAAUUGUUGAUGGUCCCACUGAAAACCAAGGUCGGGUUGAGAUCUUCUACAAUGGCCAAUGGGGGACAGUCUGUGAUGACCACUGGGACAACCUUGAUGCGAGGGUGGUUUGUCGACAGCUAGGAUACUCGGGCGAUGGUGGUAUAGCCAAGAAUGCUGCUUACUAUGGUCAGGGAUCUGGGCCGAUACACCUUGAUGACGUCUACUGCUGGGGAUCUGAGUCUAUGUUAAGUCAUUGUGGUAAUGAUGGAUGGGGCAUCAAUAACUGCGGGCAUAACGAAGAUGCUGGCGUUAGCUGCGAAGAUGGUGCUAAUGGAGACCUACGCCUUGUCAAUGGUUUCACUCCUAACGAAGGUCGGGUAGAGAUCUUUCAUGAUGGCUUGUGGGGUACAGUCUGUGAUGACAGUUGGGAUGUGUAUGAUGCUAGAGUAGUUUGUAGACAGCUUGGAUACUCAGGUGAUGCUCUGGCCAAGACUGGAGCUCCCUAUGGACAAGGAUCGGGGCCAAUAUACCUCGAUGAUGUUGGCUGCACGGGAUCUGAGUCUAGCUUAACUUAUUGCAGUAAUCGUGGAUGGGGCGUCCACAACUGCGGGCACUCUGAAGAUGCGGGAGUUUAUUGUACUGACGCUGUCAUAGAUGGACGCAUUCGCCUUGUGGAUGGUUCUUCAUCAAAUGAAGGGCGUGUCGAGAUCUACUACGCUGGCCAGUGGGGUACUGUCUGUGACGACUACUGGGACGACAAUGAUGCCAUGGUGGUUUGUCGACAGCUUGGAUACUCGGGCGAUGCCCUGGCAAGGACAAGUGCAUUCUACGGGCAAGGUUCUGACCCAAUACUUCUUGAUGAUGUCAGCUGUUCAGGAUCUGAGUCCAGGUUGGAUGAAUGUAGUCAUAACGGCUGGAGUAGCAGCAAUUGUGGUCAUUCUGAAGAUGCAGGGGUUUACUGCUAUGACGAAGGAACAGAUGGACGAAUUCGACUUGAGGGUGGUUCUUCAGCAAACGAAGGCCGGGUUGAAAUCUUCUACAGUGGCCAAUGGGGGACAAUAUGUGAUGACGACUGGGAUGACAAUGAUGCGAGGGUAGUUUGUCGACAACUCGGAUACUCUGGCUAUGCUAAGCCAUUGACUGGGGCUUUUUACGGACAGGGAUCCGAUCCGAUCCUUCUUGAUAAUGUCGACUGCUUCGGAUAUGAGUCACGGUUAACGGAGUGUAGAAGUCACGGAUGGGGCGUCCAUAACUGUGGACAUUACGAAGAUGCAGGGGUUUAUUGCCAUGACGAUGGUAUGGAUGGACGAAUUCGGCUUGUAGAUGGUCCUUCUUCAAGCGAAGGCAGGGUCGAGAUCUUCUACUUUGGCCAAUGGGGGACAAUCUGUGAUAACAGUUGGAGUACCGCUGAUGCGCAGGUAGUUUGUCGACAGCUUGGAUGGUAUGGUGAUGCUGAUGUCAGGAAUGAUGGUUACUACGGACAUGGGUCUGGGCCGAUAUUCCUCGACGAGGUUGGAUGUGUCGGUUAUGAAACCAGUUUGAUUGGAUGCAGUCAUUUAGGAUGGGGUAUCCACAACUGCGUAGGUCUUCAUUCUGAUGAUGCAGGAGUCUACUGCUCCCCUGAUUCUUCAACUACAACGACAGAGUCUACGAUGCGGGAUGAACCUACGGCGAGGGUUGGAGCUGAUACUGUCUUUGCCGUGAUGUUCGCUGUGGGUGUGUGCUUGGUCUUCCUCACUGUUGUUGCUAUCGUCGCGGUCUGUUGCACUUGCCUUAAAACAAAGCCCUCUGUGAUGCCAGAACAAUCAGAACCAGCGAUUCCUCUCAACACCAUGAACGCUCAUCACCCUACAGGCACCGACGUCCCAGUGGCUUCUACCACGAAUGCAACAUCUGGUGUGGUGUACCCACCUCCUCUGCCUAACCUACCACCUGUUAAUAUGUACCCACCACCUAUCCCUCCUGCUGCACCCGUGACGUAGCCACCUUCUCAAGACGUAACCUCUGCAACAAUGUAAUCUAUUAUUCACUAAUGUAUCUAAAGGUCUAGUCCACCCCAGGUAAAUGUUGAUUUGAAUAAAUAGAGAAAAAUCAAACUAGCAUAACGCUGAAAAUUUCAUCAAAAUUGGAUGAUAUGAACAACUCAGUUGCAUGCAAAUUAGACAGUCGAUGAUCUCCCUCACUCACUAGUCUUUUGUUUUUUAUUGUUUGAAUUAUACAAUAUUUCAUUUUUUACAGAUUCGACAAUAAGGACCAACUUGACUGAGCCAUAUAGUAUUAAACAAUGUUAUUUCCACAUGUUAAGGGCGAAAUUAAUCGUUGUUUUACUUGACAAUGAGGAAAAAUUAGAAUAUUUCAUAUUUCACAUAAUAAAAUACAAAAAUAGUGAGUGGAUGACGUCAUCAGUCUCCUCAUUUGCAUACCGACCAGGAUGUGCAUAUAACUGUUUUGUGAAAUUAAGCGAAACUUUAAAAUAUCAUAACUUACUUAUUUUACAUCCGAUUUUGAUGAAAUUUUCAGUUUUAUGUUUGUUGGAUUGUUUUCUUUUUAUUCAAAUCAACUUUUUGAUAUUGCUCCCUCAUUUUUUUGGCUUAUUACGCCACUGUCUUUCAUAGUUUCAAAUGCAAUAUAUCGUGUGUCAUCCGGUCUUAAACUAAUGAAUGUAUUGUAUGCCUGAAUUCGAAUGUAUUUUAAAGAUCCGCCAGAUGCAUGUAAAAAGUACUUUAGAGGUAAUGCAGAUUUUGACAUAUAUGUGCUUUUGAUAUCGGAAAUAAAAUGAUCCUGUCUCUUAAAAGUAACCUAGUUAUUUGAAUAUCAAAUUACUUAACAGUGAAACAUUCAUCGCUGAAUGACCUAUACGAUAUUUACACUGAUGACUUUUGACUGUCCACAAUGAAAUAGAAAAAUACAUCAUUCCAACCAUUACCGAUAUUAAAUCAAUGAUUAGUAGAUUUUAAAUUCAUUCACAACUACUAUUCUUUAAUUUCGAUUUGCUGUGUAUAUAAUAGUGUAUAUUCAUAAAUACAUUUUAGUUUUCAUUUUCUAUUUUCUAGUUGAAAGGAAAUAAAUGACUAAAGGUUA